UGCUUUGACCGGACAAACCGUCGGAAGACAUGUUGAUUUUUGUCAUGACUAAAACGAGUUGUCAAUCCGUUGCAAAGUGUUUUGUUUAGACAAAAUUGACCAAAAUUAUGCAGUAAAUCCAAUAAUAUUGUGUUGUACUACGAGACAACGUUAUAAUGUUUUAUAUGUAUAUACAUAAAUAAGUUUGGAAUAGAAAGACUAAAGUCCGAUCAUUGCUAAUUGACGCGGAGUACCCUACACACUGUCGCUGUUUUUGAAUGAAAUAACACAGCUUGUUGCACUGCAAAAUGCCCCGAGGUCGGGACGAUAUGCAAGUAAACGUGGCGGGCCUAAGGAGGAAUAUUAAAAAUCUCGCGCACAACUACUCUGAUGCUCAGGUGAAAGUGCGCGAGGCGACAUCGAAUGACCCAUGGGGCCCAUCAAGCACCCUGAUGGCGGAGAUCGCCGACCUCACGUACAACGUGAUGGCGUUCACGGAGAUAAUGCAGAUGAUAUGGAAACGUUUGAACGACCACGGCAAGAACUGGCGGCACGUGUACAAGGCGCUGGUCCUCAUGGAGUACCUGAUCAAGACUGGCAGCGAGAAGGUCGCCAUGCAGUGUAAGGAGAACAUCUUCGCGAUACAUACGCUGAAGGACUUUCAGUACAUGGAGGAGGGGAAGGAUCAAGGUCUCAACGUUCGCGAGAAAGCGAAGCAGCUGGUGAACCUGCUCAAGGAUGAGGAGAGGCUGAAGAACGAGCGCACGCGAGCGCUUAAAGCGAAGCAGCGGUUCGCUCAGAGCGCCAGCGCCUUCGGCAGCGACGGCGCGCUGGACACGCCCUCCAGCCCCACCUACCCGCCGACGGCGUUAUUUUCCUCAGAUGAGGUAUAUUCUUUUUUUAUUACGCUAGUAAUUAAUUCAUUAUCCAUUUAUGAUACUAUCUAUCGAAUACAAUCUGUGUUCGAGACUAUUCAAUCGGUCGAAUUCAAUAUGACAGGGUUUUUACUACUUAUGCAUGAUAUACAUUAA